UUCCUCGUCAGCACAGCUUAAUGACGGAGUAAUGAGUCACCAGCUUUUUAAAAGCAUGGAUAUGGCAAACAUGUUAUCAUUCUCAUCAGAUGGGCAGGCCAAGAAACCAGCUAGUCUGCAUGACCUGAAUGAGCCUCUUACUAACCACUCUGAGGGCCAACUCUUCUUGAAUGAAGCCUUCAAAAUUAUUGUGGAAGAAGUGCUCUGCAAGGGCACAGACAUCAAACAGAAGGUUUGUGAGUGGAAAGAGCCAGAGGAGCUGGCUCAGCUGCUGGAUCUGGAGUUGAGAGAGAUGGGGGAGCCACAAUGUAGGCUCCUAGAGAGAGUAAGAGAUGUCGCCAAGUACAGCGUCAAGACAAGUCACCCGCGUUUUUUUAAUCAACAGUUUGCCGGGGUGGACUACCAUUCCUUGGCUGGUCGGUUCCUCACUGAGGCUCUCAACACUAACCUCUUCACCUAUGAGGUGGCCCCAGUGUUUGUGCUGAUGGAGAAUGAGGUUCUGAGAGGGCUGCGUUUGCUGGUUGGCUGGACAGAAGGUGAUGGUAUUUUCUGCCCUGGUGGGUCUACCUCCAACAUGUAUGCCAUGAAUCUUGCACGCUACCGACUCUUCCCAGAGGUCAAAAGCCAGGGGCUGUGGGCUCUCCCGCGAUUAGCCAUCUUUACUUCUCCAGAGAGCCAUUACUCUGUGAAGAAAGGGGCUGCCUUUUUGGGCAUUGGGAUAGACAAUGUCAUCUUGGUGAAAGUGGAUGAUGGAGGCCGCAUGAGUCCAGAGGACCUGGAUGAAAAGAUAAAGCUGGCAAAAUCUCAGGGUGCAGUGCCUUUCCUUGUAAGCUGCACAUCAGGGACCACAGUGCAGGGUGCCUUUGACCCGCUGCACCGCAUAGCUGAUGUCUGUGAGAACCACAAGCUCUGGAUGCACGUGGACGCUGCCUGGGGAGGGAGUGUGCUCUUUUCCAAGCAACACAGACAUCUGAUGAAAGGUGUUGACAGAGCAAAUUCAGUAGCCUGGAAUCCACACAAGAUGCUGGUGGCUGGCUUGCAGUGUUCUGUCUUGCUGCUAAAGGAUACCACGAACUUGUUGAAGCAGUGCCACAGCGCCAAUGCCACAUACCUCUUCCAGCAAGACAAAUUCUACGACAUGAAUCUGGACGUCGGGGAUAAGUCAGUACAGUGCAGCCGUAAAGUUGACUGUCUGAAGCUGUGGUUGAUGUGGAAGGCUGUUGGCUCCAUCGGCCUGGCAGAGCGUGUAGACAAAGCUUUUAUCCAUGUUAGGUACCUGGUGGAGCAGAUGAAGAAAAGAGAAGGGUUCCAUCUUUUGGGUGAUCCGGAGUUUGUGAAUGUAUGCUUUUGGUUUAUACCACCCAGUUUGAGAGGGAAGGAAGGAAAUGCAGAUUACUGGGAGAGACUGGCAAAAGUAGCUCCAGUCAUCAAGGAACGCAUGAUGAAACAAGGCACUAUGAUGGUGGGCUAUCAGCCUCUGGGAAACAAGGUCAACUUUUUCCGUGUGGUUGUGUUCUCUCCCCUUGUUACCCAGAAAGAUACGGACUUCUUUCUUGAUGAAAUUGAGAGACUGGGAAAUGAUUUGUGACUGAAAUCACAACUUAUCAGAUGUGUAGCCUUUGUCUGUUUAUAAUCGCCUGACACAAACCUACAUGGUACCAAACUGAGAGUUGUACUUAGCGUAAUUUAACAAGCUGACAUAAUGUAAGGAGUUUCUCAGCUGAGAAAUUUUAUGACCAUCAUUGAUGAAUGAAUGAAUAAAUAGAAGGUUUGUAUUCUUAAUAAAUGUAA